CUCUCUCUCUCUCGCUGGCCACAAAAUUAAUUUAAGCGCUAGCUUCGUGCAGAAGCAGAAGGCACUUUCGAUAGAUAGAUAGAUAGAUAGAUAGAUAGCAUCGAUCGAGGGGAGGAGGUGGAUCGAUGGGGUGCGGGUGGUCCUCGUCGUGCUCGUGCUCGUGCGGGAAAUCGCGGGCGUUGGAGUGCGUGCGCGUGGUCCACAUCAACGGCUACGUGGAGGACUUCGGCCCCGCGCCCGUCACGGCGGGCGACGUCACCGGCCGCGCCAAGCAGCAGCCUGCUCGCCACGUGCUGUGCACGGCGGCCCNCCCUUCCGGCCCCCGCCCCUUCCGCCCCGACGACGUCCUCGAGCCCGGCCGGCUGUACUUCCUCCUCCCCCACGCCGCCCUCCUCUCCUCCGACUCCUCCCCGCUCGACCUCGCCUGCCUCCUCAACCGCCUCUCCGCCCUCGCCAAACGCCCCAGCCCCAGCCCCGCCCGCUCCCUUCCCCGCCCCUUCCCCGCCUGGACGCCGAUGCCGUCGCGCCGCGCCGCCUGGCGCCCGCAGCUCGACCGGAUCGACGAGCGCUCCUUCGGCCGCUCCAGGGACUCCAUGCGGAGCACCGCCAGCACCUGACUCCGCACGCACGCACGCGCUCCGAGGUGCCCACAUCCGGCACGUGCGGGACACGUGCUAACUCUCCCUCCCUCUCUCCCCCCCUUCUUUUUUUUUCUUUUUUUCUUUUGUUUGUUUGUGUGUGUGUCA